UUUGCUUGUGAUAAACUUUAUUAAUGCAAAUCGUUGAUCCACUUAAAUGCCUAUUUGUCAGUUCAACCGACUGCUGCCCAGCUGCCUUCGCCGAACAAUAUACAAUUUACUAAGAUUUAGGCAAACUGUUGUGAACCGACUAAGAUCAAAUAGUAAAUGGGAAAUGCUCAUCUUAUCGUAUUGGAUGCUGAGCCACGCGAAAGACGCACGACUGACAAUUAAUAAAAAUAAAAUCUUAAAUAAGAUAGCGACUAAACUUAGUGAGAUUGUCAUUUGCGUUUGCGGUCGCGUUGAUCCACUUAAAAGCGCACUCAACCAUUCGUGAACGAAUCAGUGCAAUAGUAGACAGCUAAGUGUCGAAUACAAGGAGCGUUAAUUUAAAUUGUCUGCGUCGCAAGUGCAUUUGGAUCACGCGCGUUUAAUAGCAAAUUUGUUAAGAAGAUAGUAGUGCAUAAAAUACCUUGACAAAUCUAAUAGACGCCAAGUGAAGCUUCUUCAAUACAAAAUGUCCGCCGAAGAGGAGCUACUCCAGCUACAACCUGACAACUUGGAAAAUGGCAUACCGAAGGAUAUUAAAACAACAGCUGAAUCCGAAGCGUGUGCAACCAAGCCUAACGAACAAUGGGGCAAUGAGAUUGAGUUCCUAUUCUCCUGCAUCUCAUUGUCUGUGGGUUUGGGCAACAUUUGGCGCUUCCCUUAUAUUGCAUUUCAAAAUGGUGGUGGCGCUUUUGUUAUUCCAUAUUUAAUUGUUUUGCUCAUUAUCGGAAGACCUGUGUAUUAUUUGGAGAUCAUUUUGGGGCAAUUUUCUGGUCGCGGCUGUAUUAAAGCUUUCAAUAUGGUGCCAAUUAUGAAAGGCAUUGCCGCUGGUCAAGUACUCGCCACUGGCGCCUCCAUCACCUACUACUCCAGUAUAAUGGCAUUGACUUUACGGUUUUUGAUAGCCUCCUUUUCGAAGGUGUUACCCUGGAGUUAUUGUCGCGAGGAGUGGGGUGAUAUUUGCCUCAAUGAAACGAAUUCAGCAGCGAAUUCCUCACAAAAUAUAAGCUUAGUACAAGAGCGGCAAACGAAAAUGUCAGCAGCGGAAUUGUAUUUUCAAAAAGAAAUUUUGCACGAACAAGAAGACAUUUUUAGCGGACUUGGUACGCCAAAUUGGGAGUUGGUAGGCUGCUUAGCUGUGGCCUGGGUUAUAAUUGGUGGAGUACUGAUAAGAGGUGUUAAAAGUUCUGGAAAAGCUGCUUAUUUUCUUGGUGUAUUCCCCUAUGUGGUCCUACUGAUUUUGCUGUUACGCGCUGUAACGCUACCCGGCGCUAUGGAUGGUAUAAUUUACUUUUUCAAACCGCAAUGGUCUGAGCUGUUAAAUCCGUUGGUCUGGUAUGCCGCAGUCACACAGGUCUUCUUCUCAUUAGCCAUUUGUUUUGGCACUUUAAUCACUUAUGCCUCGUACAACAAUUUUUCACGCAAUGUUUACAAAGAUAUUGUCAUAAUCACCACCAUGGAUUCCUGUUCAUCCAUCAUUGCUGGCUGUAUUACAUUCGGCAUACUUGGUAAUUUGGCCUUCAAAACUGGCGCACCGGACGUUGCUAGCGUUGUAAAAGGUGGUUCUGGCUUGGCAUUCAUCUCGUAUCCCGAUGCCAUUGCCAAAUUCGAAUUCAUUCCACAAGCAUUCGCGGUUCUUUUCUUUUUGAUGUUAUUCGUAUUAGGCAUCGGCAGCACGGUCGGCAUGGGCUCCUGUAUAGUGCGCGUAAUACGUGAUCGUUGGGUGCGUGCGCCAAAUUGGGCACUGGCAUUGAGCUUAGCUGUGUUGGGUUUUGCUGUGAGCAUUGUUUACAUGACACCUGGUGGACAAUUCGUCUUGAAUCUGGUGGAUUUCUAUGGUGUCUCGUUUACGGCACUAAUUUUAGCAAUUGGCGAGCUGCUGGCUGUCGGUUGGGUGUAUGGAGUGAAGCGGUUCUGUGCCGAUAUCGAAUUUAUGGUUGGUUUGAAGACUGGUAUUUAUUGGCGCAUAUGCUGGGGCGUUAUUACACCCGGCCUCAUGUUGGCUGUGCUGAUUUACACACUAAUAGAUUUGAAGCCGUUGACUUAUAAAAAUGUCGUUUAUCCGGGUAUAGCACAUGCUUUUGGUUGGUGCUUGUCUGCUAUUGGACUAUUACAAAUACCAGGUUGGGCUUUGUAUAGCAUUUGCAAGCAAACGAAACGCACUGGUUUGCUGAAGGUGAUUUCUGCUGCCUCGCCCACAAAAAAUUGGGGUCCUUUGGAGACGAAGAAGUGCGAAGAGUACGUAAAUCAUCGUCGGAAAUUAGAACUGAAAACAAAGCAAAGAACAAUUUUACAAAAAGCUUAUGAUAAUAUAUUUGGCUAAGUUACCUUUUUAUUUUUUAUUAUUUAUGAAGUCUUGCAGUGUUUACUUAGCAUUUUACUAUCUUUUAUGUAAUGAAAUAUAAAAAAUGUUGAAUGAACAAAGUAAUUAUUUUAGAAAUAAAUACGGAAUUCCAACGCCAAAAACAGCG